UGCAGCCGGUUACUCGGGUCCGGGAGGCUGCAGUCCCUGGCGGAUCAGAGACAACAGCAAAGGACGAACAGCCACCGCACCAGGGAAGCAGGGAAGAGAUGUGGGUUUUCGGUUACGGGUCCCUGAUCUGGAAGGUGGACUUUCCCUAUCAGGACAAGCUGGUCGGAUACAUCACAGACUACAGCAGGCGCUUCUGGCAGGGCAGCACGGACCAUCGUGGGGUCCCCGGCAAGCCUGGAAGAGUUGUGACUCUUGUGGAAGAUCCUGGGGGUUGUGUAUGGGGCGUUGCAUACAAACUGCCAGUAGGAAAAGAAGAAGAAGUAAAAGCAUACCUCGACUUCAGAGAGAAAGGAGGCUACAGGACCACAACAGUUAAUUUUUAUCCAAAAGAUCCCACAACAAAACCAUUCAGUGUGUUGUUAUAUAUUGGAACGUGUGAUAAUCCUAAUUAUCUUGGUCCUGCACCACUGGAAGACAUUGCUGAACAAAUUUUUAAUGCAGCUGGUCCAAGUGGAAGAAAUACAGAAUAUCUUUUUGAACUUGCAAAUUCUAUGAGGAACCUUGUUCCAGAAGACGCAGAUGAGCAUCUUUUCUCUUUGGAAAAAUUAGUAAAGGAACGCUUGGAAAGAAAACAGAAUGUCAACUGCAUAUAAAGACCUCAUCAUUGAUUUUUCCAAACAAUACCUUGUAGUCUUCAGAUAAUAAUUUCAGUGUAUAGUGGCAGUAUAACUUAGAAAUAUGUUUAUUUGAAGAUAUUACUUUUAAUGUUGUAGUUGGGAUAUCACCUGAAUUUGUAGUUUAACUCAAGUAUUUGAAACACUCACAAGGUUGCAAUACAGAGAAAAAAAUUCAUUUUUUAACAAUGUAAUUUCCUAACUAUAUGAUAUUGAACACUUGCUCAUUAGAAAUGAGUUCUUUAGAAAAAAUACAUUGAAGGAUUCAGAUUUAGUUCAGUUCUUGUUUUUAUCAGUAAAAAUAAUUUGUUUCAUGUCACAAUACCAUUUUAAAGUUAUAGAGCAUCAAAGUCCAAUAAAUAUAAUAAAAUUAUACCUGCAAAAUAUUCUUGUACAAUAAUCUUAUAACCAUGGUUUAAAAUAAAAUAUACUAGCUAGAAAUAACAUGUAAUUAGACGUGUAUGAUAAUACAGACAAGAUCUCAGCCUUGAUUAUGAAUUUCCUUGUAUUUGGGUAUUAUAUAAGACUCAAAUUUAAGCCAAAAGAAAGUGGUUUUUUUUUUUUACACAAAAAAUUUCCUUGGAAUAUAAUGUACUGUACCUUUCCUUUUAUGUAUAAAUAUAUGUUGUUAUGUGGGAAAAAAAACUCAUUAAACUAAUGAGCACAAACUACAUUAUACAAAUCACUUGCAUUAAUGA